AAAUCGGGCAAUGAAAAAAAAAUUACGAGCAGAGAAGCUCUUAAAUAUUUGGUGGCGAGGAAGUUUGAUUUCGAUAAGGCCGUGGACUUAUACUUUGCUUAUGAGAAAGUGAAAUUAAGAGAGGGACUAUUAAACGUAGACGUUAAAGACGAAAAAUUCUUAGAAGAACUCGAUUCUGGAAAGUUUACCGUGCUGCCUGGUAGAGAUGCUAACGGGUCAGCUAUCGUGUUGUACACUGUCAAACUUCAUGAUCCCGAUCAGUCCGUCAAAUCAAAUUUCAUCAGAGGAUUUUUAUUCCAGUUAGAUAUAGCGCUAAAAAACUUUGAGACCCAAAUGAAUGGAAUAGUUUUGGUGUUCAAUACCAUCAAAUCAAAGUAUCAUCAUUUUGAUUUUGAGCUUUGUAAAAGAAUGAUCUAUAUUCUGAAAAAUAGCUAUCCAGCUAAACUAAAAAAGAUAAUAAUAAUUGAACCGCCGAAGUGGUUUGAAAUGGUGCACCAGGUACUACUAAAAAUGAUCGGCGUUAAAAUGCAAAACAGAAUUUUUGUUGUAACUUUAUCGCAACUAACAAACCACAUCCCUGUGAGCUCAUUGCCGAAAGAAUUAGGUGGCAACUUAAGCCACAAGCAUUCAAAAUGGAUUGCAGAUUGCAUCAAUUCUUUCAGGCAGACCGUUGUUUCUAACGCUGAUUUAACAUCUUCAUCAGCAAAUUUGCAACUGCAAUUACUGCAAUUGCAAAAAAUGGGGACAGACGUGAAAAAUGAUAUGAAAAGCAAAAAUUCCAACCUUUCAGCAGCUGCAAAUAAGCUUUCCGAUUUAAAGAGGAGAGAAAAUGACAUGAGAAAAGAAAUAAUAAAACAUUACGAUGCCUCCAGCUCCACGCAUGCAAACCAGCAAAGAUCGUCCAUUAAUAUUUUACAACCAGACCCGGCAAAACAAGAACUCGAACAACUUGAAAGACUGAUAAAACGAUACGAAGACCUGAAGCGGCAGCAAACGAGUCCUUCUCUCACGACAAGAAAUGAAUCGAACAUUCAAUCUUUAAAUUAUCAAAUGCUGCUGCACAAAUGGGGAAUGUUGCUUUCGUUGGACGCGCAAAGAAAAGUGCCUUCUAUUCAAAAAUCCUGUCAAGGAAAAAUGACCAUCAGUCAACUGGUCAAGUUCUGCAUUCUAGUAGGCCCAAGAGGUCUCACAAAACAAUACAAGCAAAUGAAGCACAGUCUUGAUGUGAGCAAUUUCACGUUUGAGGCUUUUAAAGCGGCUGAAAAUCAAUGCAAAAAUCGUUAUCGUGAAGUGCCUUGUAUAGAUGCAACGAGAGUGAAGUUGUCAACGUGGAAUGGGGAGUGUAAUGAUUACAUUCACGCCAACUUCAUUGACGGUUGUCACGUUAGCAGAUACUACAUAGCGACGCAGGGUCCCUUGCCGAACACAUGCGUCGAUUUUUGGAGAAUGGUUUGGGAUUAUCACAUACUUGUCAUCGUCAUGCUCACUAACCAAAUGGAAUCGACAAAAAUUAAAUGCCAUCAAUACUGGCCGAACUUCGACAAGGAGAGCAUGCAGUAUGCAUCAAUAAGAGUGAGCAACGUGAGGACAGAUCGAUCGAAACCGAAUUACGUGGCAUCGACGCUCGCCCUCACAAACAUGAAGACGAACAUAGAGCGUCGUGUGACUCACCUGCACUUCAACAAAUGGCCGGACAGUCGCGUGCCGCAGUCAACUGACAACCUCCUCCAGUUCAUCUUCGCCGUCAGGCAAGAGCAGAGAGAUCGAAUCAAACAUUUGGCCGAAAAUUUUCCUGAUUGCCCAACUGCUCCCCCACUACUUAUUCACUGCAGUGCUGGUAUUGGAAGGGCAGGGACCUUCAUGGCCAUUGACAUCAGCAUCGACAAAUUGCUUGACAACACGUGCCACCUCGUUGACAUUCUGGAGACUGUUCAAUGCAUCCGUCAGCAGCGCUUCAAAAGUGUUCAGUCGCACAAUCAGUACAUCUUCAUCCACAAGGUCCUCAUCGAGUACGCUCUCUACUCCAACAGGCUU